AUGACCGCCCCUUCUGCUCUCGACAUUGAUUACAUACACAGAGGAGCCAAGAAGGCAAAGCCACCUCCGCCCAAACAAGAGCCUGAGCGCAUCAUUCACAGUAGGGAGCUUAACUCGAGCCUACGCGAUCUAAAUCAGGGCAAAACAUUGGACGACCUGGAGGUUUCACAGCCUGACGUGGACUACAGGUUCGGAGAUGAAGGCUCAAAGUGGAGGAUGACCAAGUUGAAUGCUGUUUAUAAUACCGCGGAGCAGACGGGACGACCUGUGGACGAAGUCGCCGAGGAGAGAUUCGGCAGUCUUCGUGAGUUUGAUGAUGCGAGGGAAGAGAAAAUUGAGGUUGAUAGGCGGGCAACUUAUGGAGAAGGCUAUGUGGGCAAAGAAAAGCCCUCAGGAGACUUAUACCGCGAGCGUAUGGAGAAGAGAAGACCACCACCGAGAGAGGAAGCCGCCGCUGUUACGGUUGAUGAGCCUGAGCAAGGUGUUUUGUUGGAGGACACUGCCCCAACCCUCGACCAAACAGCACUGAAUCGGAUGCGCGCACAGCUCAUGAAGGCGAAGUUUCGCAAAGCUCCGGACGUGGAAAAGCUGGAAGCUGAGUACAACAAGGCCCUGGCAAACUUCAACUCCGGCGUGAGUACCGAUCGAGCUGUUGUUUUGGACGCCAUGCAUAAUCGGAUGCUGGCUGGCCCUCGAGGGGAAGUAAAGGAGAUUGUCACAAAGCGAGGCCGCGAGCGCGGGCUCGUGGAGCAGAACGAGGACAUGAGUGUCGAGGAUAUGCUGCGUGAGGAGCGCAGAACCCGCGGUCAGGCUGGAGGUGAGGGCAUGCGCUUGGCCGAGCGUAUUGCCAAAGACGCAAAAUUCGACGAUGACCUGGAGUACUUGGACGAAAAUGCUGAAAAGCUUGCGAAGCGAGUGCAUAAGUCUGAAACCAGUUUAAAGAACGCAACGGUCGCUGAAUUCCAGAAGAUGAACAAGAUCCUGGAUACCUGUCCGUUGUGCCACCACGAAGAUCGGAAUCCUCCUCAAAAUCUUCCAAUUGCACCAAUCAUCUCUCUUUCACCGAGGGUCUUCCUUACCAUCCCCACGGAGCCAGAGCUUACAGGUGCUGAGGGUGGAGCGGUCAUAGUUCCGGUCACUCACAGAACUAAUCUGCUCGAGUGCGAUGACGACGAGUGGGAGGAGAUGCGCAAUUUCAUGAAGUCACUUACGCGCCUAUAUCAUGAUCAGGGACGUGAGGUCAUCUUCUAUGAGAAUGCCGCAGCACCACACCGUCGUCUCCAUGCAGCCCUCAUCGCGGUCCCUAUACCCUAUGACCUGGGAGACACCGCCCCUGCCUUCUUCAGAGAAGCGAUGCUGUCCGCUGAUGAUGAGUGGACUCAACACAAGAAAAUCAUUGACACUGGCAAGCGUGCACGCGAAGGCCUGGGAAAGCUCGCCUUCCGAAGGAGCAUCGCGAAGGAGAUGCCUUACUUCCACGCGUGGUUCACACUGGAUGGUGGUUUGGGACACAUUGUAGAAGAUGCAUCACGAUGGCCACGGGGUGAUCUGUUUGCUAGGGAGAUUAUCGGAGGUAUGCUGGAUGCAGAGCCGGAUGUUAUCAAGCGUCAGGGGCGGUGGAGUCGUAAUGACCCCCGAGUAGAUAGUUUCAAGAAAAAAUGGCGGAAAUUUGACUGGACGAGAGUACUUACUGAAGGAUAG